AUGGCACCUGAUCUUAAUAAAAAGCUUGAAGAUGAAGUUGAAAAAUAUCGACAAACACAAAAUGAAAUGAAAAAAUUUGUGACACAACAACAACAAUUAUUUAUAACAAAAACUGAAAAUGAAUUUGUUAAACAAGAAUUUGACAAUCUCGAUUCUGAUGCUGUUAUUUAUAAACUUGUUGGUCCUGUACUUGUUAAACAAGAAUUAAGUGAAGGCAAAGAAACAGUUGAAAAACGACUUGUUUAUUGUGAAGGAGAAUUAAAACGUUUAGCAUCAUUAAUGAAAGAUACUGAAAAGAAAUUAGAAAUUCAUCGUGAAGUUAUAGCCAAAAUUCAACAACAAAUAGCAGCAAAUAAAUAA